CCCAGUCGCCAAGAUCUCAGCCCGGCAGCUAAUGAAGAUUAGGUGAGGGAGAAAAAUCGCAAACAAGUGAUUCGCAAUUUCGCAUCUAUGGUUUCCAGUAUAGAGGGUUAGGGUUGAGUGAGCUGCCCCCCCACUCACGUGGCGCCGCGCCCCUGCAGGCUCUGGCUAGGGUGAUUAACGCGUUACCCACCUGUCUUAUUUAGGGCCCAGACGCGACUUUUCCACUUUCUACACUUUUUCACCACGCGUCCCUAGGUAUAGAGCCCAUCUCCGACCCGCCCGGAGAAUUUUAGAUUUUAAAGCGUUCCCCGUCCAACUACCAGCCUUACCUAAGUACAGUGCAUACCACAUAAGUGGAGGCCCUGAACCACUUGGUACUUGAUCAAACAAUGGCGCCUCCCAAGAAGCGACCAUAUCAUGUCAUCGACUUGACAGGCGAUGAUGACGACUACACCAUCGAUCGUCAAUCCAAGUCACCUCGACUUGGACUUCCAUCUUCCAGUCUGACAUCCCGAACGGCGAGCUCAAGCCGGCCCUUUUCCAGCUCGCAAACGUCUCUCCCACCUAGGCCAAGCCAACCGUCUCUACCAACCAGGCCAAGCCAGCCGUCUUCCCAAAACUCGGGUGCCUGGUUGACUCAAGGGUUUCCUUCGUCCUCACAGGUGGCUGCUGAUGAUGGAGAACUAGAAGUCUACGAUCUCACUCAGGUCGACGAUGGGCCCUCCCUCGAACUGUAUGGGUUUCUUGAAAACAAAGUUGUAGGCGUCAGGUACUAUGACGGCUUUGCUACUGCCGGUGAAGUGGUAACAUGCAAGCGUGAACCGGAAAAUCAGUAUGACUCUAAUGCCAUCCAAGUCACCAAUGUGCUGGGAGCCAAAAUUGGGCAUAUUCCCAGGACAGUUGCGGCAAAACUUGCCCCUUACAUGGACAAGAAGGAGAUCUCUGUCGAAGGGAUGCUUAUUGCCGAGAAAGGGUUUUACGAUGUUCCCAUCCGCCUUUACAUCUAUGGGACAAGUAGCAGAUUUGGUCGAUUGCAUCUAGAGGCAAAGUUGAAAAGGGACAAUCUUCUCAAGCCUACCCAAAUGAAGCAGACGAGAGCGGAGAACGAGGCUCAACGACGGCAGCAAAUGCCCCUGACUAGCGGUCGGGCCAGUGGUGGUCUUGGGGGCAAUGGCCAUGCGACCCAGCCCGAAGCCUCUCUAGAAGAGUUGACACAGGCAAGCGAGGCUGUCCAGCUCCGGACUACCGAUGAUAUCGUGAAGACUCUAGUUAUGGACGAGGACUAUCUCUCCCAGAUGCCCAAGGCUACCCAGCCAGAGACGCUCCGCGCCAAGCUCCUUCCAUAUCAGCUACAGGGUCUCGCGUGGCUCAUGGCCAAGGAGAACCCCCAGCUCCCAGCUGUCGGCUCUGAGUCUGUGCAGCUUUGGAAGCGUGAUGCUCGAGGCCGGUACAUCAAUCUCGCUUCCAGCUUCACCGUUCAGCAAACCCCUAGCUUGCUCUCCGGUGGCAUCCUGGCCGAUGAUAUGGGGCUAGGCAAGACGUUGCAAAUAAUCAGCCUCAUUCUCGCAGCGGGGCCUGGUAGCACCCUGAUUGUUGCCCCUGUCAGUGUCAUGAGCAAUUGGGAACAGCAGAUCCAGCGCCACGUCCUCGAGGAACAUGCCCCGCGUGUUCUCAUCUACCAUGGCAGCUCCAGACAAUCGGCUAUGAAGACGCUACACACAUUCGACGUUGUCGUUACCAGCUACGGAACCCUGACAAGCGAGUCACCCAGUGGCGCCCUGUUCCAGAGGAAGUGGCGACGUGUCGUUCUCGACGAGGGCCACACGAUCCGGAAUGCAAGUACGAAGGUGGCCGAAGCAACCUGCGGCUUGAGGGCACAAUCCAGAUGGGUUCUGACUGGGACCCCAAUUGUGAACAAUAUCAAGGAUCUGCACUCGUUGCUCAAGUUCCUGCGUAUAACAGGUGGCAUCGAACAAUCCCAGAUAUUCAAUGCCUUGAUUGCGCGGCCUCUGGCCAUAGGCAAACCUCAGGCUGAACGUCUACUCCAGUCUCUCAUGCAGGACCUGUGUCUCCGGCGUAAGAAAGACAUGAAGUUCGUGGACCUAAAUCUUCCGCCCAAGACCGAGUACAUCCACCGGAUCACGUUCCGGCCUGACGAGAAGACCAAAUAUGAUGCUCUCCUAUCUGAGGCGAGAGGCGCCUUGAAAGAUUUCCAAAACAGGUCCAAGACAGGACAUAAGGGCAUGUUCCAGAGUGUCCUCGAGAGACUUCUUCGACUCCGUCAAAUUUGCUGCCAUUGGACGUUAUGCAGAGAACGUGUUGAAGACCUUCUCAAGUUCUUGGAGACCGAGGGAGUGGUGACUCUGAACGACAAGAACAAAGCCUUGUUACAGCAAGCCCUUCGGCUUGCCAUCGAGAGCCAGGAAGAAUGCCCAGUCUGCAUCGAUACGCUAACAAUGCCAGUCAUCACCCACUGUAAGCACUCAUUCUGCAGACCAUGCAUUUCUAAGGUGGUAGAGGUGCAGCACAAGUGCCCCAUGUGCCGCGCAGAGCUCUCCGAGGACAAGCUCGUCGAACCGGCACCGGAAGAUACACCCGCGGAAGAUGAGCAGCAGUACGACGGGGAAAAGAAGAGUUCCAAAACCGAGGCCCUGAUGAAGAUCCUGCAGGCAACAUUGAAAAACCAAGGCUCCAAAGUCGUGAUUUUCUCGCAGUGGACUUCAUUCCUGGACGUCAUUCAACGUCAACUUGACGACCACGGCUACACUUACACGAGGAUUGACGGACGCCUGGCUCCGCAUCAGCGCGAUGCUGCAAUCCAUGCCCUCGAUCACGAUCCCGAGACGCGCAUCCUGCUUGCCAGCCUGAGCGUGUGUAGCGUGGGAUUGAACCUCGUCUCGGCAGAUACGGUCGUCCUCGCAGACAGUUGGUGGGCUCCCGCAAUUGAGGAUCAGGCUGUCGACCGAGUCCAUCGCCUAGGCCAAACGAGGCCCACUACCGUGUGGCGACUGGUCAUGGAGGACACGGUCGAGGAGCAGGUUCUUAAUAUCCAGGCCGAAAAGAGACAGCUCGUCAAUAAAGCCUUCCAGGAAAAACAAGGCAAGAACAAGAAGGUGAAGGAGACGAGAACGGCCGACAUUCUCAAACUUCUCGCCUGA